UAAUUGUAACCAAGACAUAGUACCCUUCUCAAUUCUCUUAUCUUUCUUGCAUAUAUAGCACAAAACCAGAAUUCCCAUAUUCGCCAGAUCGUUGAUAUUAUCAGCAAGUAUCGAAAUGGAGUCAGCAAGAUAUUGGGAAGAAGAAGCGUCUGUAUGGCCUCCAAGAUCUUAUUUCUGCAAUUUCUGUGGAAGAGAAUUCGGGUCAGCUCAAGCCUUGGGAGGUCAUAUGAAUGUUCAUAGGAGAGAUAGAGCAAGGCUAAAGCAGUCUCCUGGUUUCCAAAACUACUUUCUUCAUCAUCAACAUCAAAAUCAUCAUAAAAUUACCUUGGUUUACAAUCCUAAUUCUAGGGCUUUUGUGUCGCCAUCCGAAGUUUCAAUUCCGGUGUUGACACGAGAAAAGAAAUGCCAUAGACCUGAUAUUUCAGUGAAUCCAACUGAGAGGAAGAAGGAGAAUGUUAGUCGUAAGAGACAGAGAGAUGAUGAACUAUUCGUUCCUAAAUCAAGUUCCAUGAAGAGAGAUCAUCUUCAAGCAGAGGUGAAGAGACUGUGUCAAGAUGCAACCCAAGACUUGGAUCUUGAGCUUAGACUUGGGUUUUCCCUUAUUUAGUUACCUUGUUUUUCAAAUAAAUAGAAUCCCUUUUUUCCCUUCAAAUUUUUAAAUCUAUAUUUUGAUCUUGAUCUUGGAUUUUCUCGCAUUCUAUGUGCUCUCAUAUUUCAUCAAUCAAGAAUUGAAAAAUAUAUGAAGAACAUUAGCAAUUUGCUC